AUGCCAUUCGUGGACACAAUGCUCCAAACUCCCAAAUACUUUAACUUGCUUAAGGGUUUGUUUGCUGCCAGGAAAGAUCUUGCUGAAGUCGCGGAGAUAUUGAUGAAUGAGCUACCUGAGAAGAAGGGUGAUCCGGUUACUGUUUAUGAAGAACAAUUGGCAGAAGAGGAAAAAGGAAUGGAGGUACAACACGCCAAUGUGGCAUGCAUUGAUACGAUGCCAUUUGGAGAAGGGUUAGGAACGGGAAAGGAUGCAGGAAUAAAGGAUAGGAAGGAAGAAGCUGAUCACCAAUUCACCACUAAACCUAAAGCACAGACCAUCAUGAAGUAUGAAGUUAUCAAAUUUAAAGAAAAGGAGGUUCAAAAAUUGGUUUAUAUCGACAAUCUUGACCCUAGUGUUGCAGAGGAGGGAUUGAGGUCAAUUUUCUUGCAAUUUGGUGAAAUAGUUUAUGUCAAAAUUUCCACUGCAAAAGGAUGCAGGACAUCUGCUGAAGAAGCAAUUCAAAGGAUGCAUGGAAGUCAAAUUGGUCAAACUAUAGUCCACAUUUCUUGGGGAAAAAGCAUAGCUACUAAACAGGUUAUUGGUGUUUUAAGUAAAGAAAGCUGA